ACGGGCCGUUAGCACUCCGCGCGGCGACUGUCUCCAGGCAGCUGCCGCUCCCCGCCGGCUCUUCUCACCUCGUCCGCUGCCGGCGAGGGUGGGGCGACUGGGAGUCUGGAGCUGGGCCGGGCCCGGGGAAGGACCGACGGGGACUUUUAGUGUUCCCACGGCUGCUGCAAGAGGAUCUAAGAACAUGGAUGGCAGCCGGAGAGUCAGAGCAACCUCUAUCCUUCCCAGAUAUGGUCCACCAUGUCAAUUUAAAGGACACUUGAGCACCAAAAGUAAUGCUUUUUGCACUGACUCUUCCUCUCUCAGACUAAGCACUCUCCACAUGGUCAAGAAUCACAUGGCUGUUCACUAUAAUAAAAUCCUUUCAGCCAAAGCUGCAGUAGAUUGCUCAGUUCCAUUAAGCAUGAGUACCAGCAUCAAAUAUGCAGACCAACAACGAAGAGAGAAACUCAAAAAAGAAUUAGCAAAAUGUGAAAAGGAGUUGAAAUUAGCUAAAACUGCAAUGCUGGCUAACUCUAAAAAUAAUUCCAGCUCAUUACUAAACACCCUGCAAGAGCCCUCAGGGGAACCACAAGACAAGGAUGAUGUGUUAAUAAGAGAAGUAAAUGAAUUUCCGUCCUUUGCAAGGUCACCAGUACUUUCCGCAGAGAGACUACUACGUCUAGGUCUGCCUAAAUCCAGUAAAGUCCUUAGAAAUGGUACUGAGAAGAACUCCGCUUCCUCCCUCUCCAGUGUGGAUUACACAGGCUCUGGGCCCAGAAAACCAUGCUCUGGAACCAUGUAUGGCAAAGGGACCAGGAGUGCAUUCCCAAAUUCCAACCGGUUUCAGUUAGUUAUUUCAAAAGCACCCAGCGGGGAUCUUUUGGAUAAACAUUCUGAACUCUUUUCUAACAAACAGUUGCCAUUUACGCCACGCACUUUAAAAACAGAAGCAACAUCUUUCCUGUCUCAGUAUCGAUAUUAUACACCUGCUAAAAGAAGAAAGGAUUUUACAGAUCAGCGGAUAGAAGCCGAAACCCAGACUGAACUGAGCAGCUUUAAAUCUGAUUUUGAGACAGCCGAGACUAAGAGUUUGACAGAUUCUGAAGUGAACAUAAAGCAGGCACCUAGAUGUAUAACAUGUGAUACCAAAGACAAAAUAACCCCUUUACCUUUACAAGGGCCUGGCUUGAUGUGGGACAGGAUUAAAGAUGAUACUCUUCAGCCUUCCUUACCAAGGACAGUACCUCAAUAUUCCCUGCAGCCUUCUUUAAGGAGAAAAAUCUACUCUGAUGAAGAAGAACUGUUGUAUUUGAAUUUCAUUGAAGAUAUAACAGAUGACAUUUUGAAACUUGGUUUAUUUUCAAACAGGUUUUUAGAACGACUGUUUGAGCGACAUAUAAGACAAAAUAAGCAUCAUUUGGAGGAGGAAAAAAUGCGCCAUCUGCUGCAGGUCCUAAAGGUGGACUUAGGCUGCACGCCCAAGGAAAACUCAGCAUCAGUUAACCUAGAUGCUGUGAAUACUUUGAAUUUAUUUGAUUUUGAAAAAGCUGAGAAUUCAGAACAAAAUGAAUAUCAAAUUGAAAGUGAAGUAUCAGUUCAACAAGAACGUCAAGAAUACCAAAAGGCUUUGGAUAUGUUAUUGUCUGCACAGAGGGAUGAGAACGAGAUGUGCUCUUCAUCAAAUGAAUUUUUCCUGCCCGUCUGUAAAACAAAGCAUUCAGAAGAGGUUAUAAUUGAACGGGUGAAUGAUGAAACAAAUUUUGAGCCUUCAACAUGGUUUGAAAAAAAUCCAAGUGCUUCAGACAGCUUAACAGACCCAGAAACCUCUGUGAAUGUCAUUGAAGUUGAUAGUGACAUUGAAAAGGUUGAGACUUCAGAUGAAUUAGCUUGUUUCAGCUCAGCACUCUCCCAUUCCAAUCAGUUCUCCAGGGUCAAGGGUGUCAAUAAUCAUGGCAUGGAAGGGCCAACUCUUAAAAUCAUGGACAUGACCAUUGAGGACUGCCCUUUGGAAGUUUGAUCUUCGUUAAUAAAUAUCUCAAAUGACA